AUGGUUUAUUACAAAUUUGGUCGUUGUACUGUUUGCCAAUUUCGUUUGCGUCCUGAUAAUGUUUAUACAUUAAAAAAUUGUAAUCACACAUUCCAUAAAGAAUGUGUUACUCGUUGGAUUACUGAAGGGUCACAAGAUUGUCCUCGUUGUCGAGCUCCUGCUGUCUUAACCGAUAUUAAACAACUUUUUGUUGAGGAAGCGGGUGAUAGUUCUGACGAUUCCGAUGAUGAGUUAAUUCAAAGUUCAAGUAAUGCUUCUACACAAAAUGCGAAUGCAAAUGAUUUAACAAAUAAAUUAAACAAUUUAAAUUGUAAAUAUGUGAAUUUUGUUAAAAUUAAAAAUAAAUGGAUUAUUGUAAACAAUUGUUGUUUCAACAAAUGUAGUGAAAAUACUGACGACCUUUCUAAUAAUUGUAUUAAAGGCAAUGGAUUUGUAAAGUUAAUUAAUGAUGAGGAUAUUAAAUAUAUUAAUUGUGUGAAGAAGGAUGUUUUGGAUGGAAGUUAUGAUAAAAGAGUUGUUGUUUCUGCAGAAAAUUCUUUUAACAGCUCCCAAAAAUCUUCUAAUUAUUCUUUAUUUUAUUUUGAAAUUAAAUGUAUUUUUGAGGGAGAAUUUGUAAAUAAUAAUGGAAAAUGGAUGGUUAUUGGUCUUAAAAAUUGUAAUACAAAUUCGAGAAUUAAAUAUAUCGCUAAAAAUAAUUUAAUUUCGAAUGAGAAGAAUGAAGAAUUUAAACUUCCACAGACGCUAUUUUGGAAGAAUUUUUAUACUUUUGGUUGUGGAUUAGUUUAUCCUGAAACUAAUAUGACUAAUGAAUUUCCAUAUAUUUUCUUCACUCAAAAUGGAAAACAAAUUGGUAAAUAUUUAAAAGAAACUUGGAAGGAUAGGGGUAUUAUUGGGAUACACAGGAAUGAAUAUGCUUCAAAAGCUACCAAAAUCUGUGUCUAUCAGGGCUGUACGCAAUUGUGGAUUGCGUAA